GUGUGUGGGGGGAGGGGUUGAAGUAGCUGAUCUGAUGUGAAAGGUGCAAGGAGCUCACUCAUUUUGGCAUGUGCAAUGGGAACAAAACCUGUCUUUCUGGUUACUUGUAAACCGAGAAGUUGGGUCGCCCUGUAUAACUGCGGUGAUUGGCAUUGUAGCUCUGCCUGCGAGAGUGAAGCCUCCAACCGAGCUGAGGCUGGGAACUGAGUGUCAGCAAUGCGGACCCCGGUGGUGAUGAUCCUGGGCUUGGUUUUUGGCCCCGUCGGGUUUGUAUUGAUCCUCACCUGCACCGUGGCUCCUGCGUGGAGAGAUGUGACCGAAAUCCCUGGCGGGUCUCGGGACGAGGUGCACCACCAGGGUCUCUGGGAGAUCUGCAAGGACCUGCAGUCGGUGCGAGAGCUGUCCUGCCAUAUACAGGACGAUGCCUACUUCGCUGACCAAGUGAUAAGCAUCGCAAGAGGACUCACCAUCGCCUCUCUGGUGGUAUCUGCGGCCGGCAUCCUGGUGGCGUCCUGGGGUGUGCGCUGCUGGACCGAUGCCUCCAGCCCUGCCAUCGCCGGGGUGGGAGGGAUCAUCCUGGUGCUUGGCGGGGUCCUGACCCUCAUCCCGGUCUCCUGGUACACCGAUCGACUCAAACAAAUCCCUAACAGCGUGGCUGGCACCAGGCUCACAGUCGGAUACGCCGUGGUCCUGGGCUUCAUUGGAGGAAGCCUCACCGUUAUCGGCGGCGUCACCCUAAUGUUCAGUUUCGGCAAGUUACGGAAAAGCAAGAGUCCAGCCUUUAAGGAUUAUUACCCGAAGAGCUCGGCCCAGCCCGCGAACAGAUAUCCCACUGGGAUUUCCAACCCAAUCACUGUCAUAGACGUCCCACCCUCCAACGGCACCACAGCAACUCCCUGGGAUGAUGAUUUGUGACCAUUCCAUAGUCGCCGAUAAACGGAAUUUUCAACGACAUAUCUCAAACGGUACCUAAACCAAGUAGUUGUUGAGAUAACCAUCACCUGCCAAGUUCCUUUCCAAGGCACACAUCGUCUUGACUUCAACUGAUACUACUAUUUACUCAUCGUUGCUGGAUCAAAAUCUUGGAACACUCAGCUAACAGGAUUGUGAAAUACUUUUAACCCAUAGCUGUCAGCAGUUUAAAAAGGAGCUUCGCUACCAUCUUCUAAUGGGCAUUUAGGCUAGGCAAUGCCAGCCUUGUCAGUGAAGGUAAAUGAAUUUUAAAGAUCCAUUCAUUGCUGAAGUCAAUGGGAGCAACCAUGUGUUAUAUUUCUUGUUUAGAUGCAGAGAGAGGAAGAAAGCAUGAGCCAAGAUUUUUAAAGAAAAAAACUGAAACUAAUAAUGUGUGGAAGCAUUAAACUUUUUGUCAAAUGCCAAGAAAUGAAGAAUAACAAAUUGCAGUAUAAUCUUCUGAACACAAAUGAGUUUACAAGUGAUAACAUUGGGAAUUAAUGAUAUAAUUCAUUGAAAUUGGGAACAAGGUGGUUAAAAAUUGCUUAGUGUAAUUGUGAAAUUGAACCUUAAUUAGCCUCAAAGCAAUCUAUUGUAUAAGCCAGGAAUGGUGGAAUUUGAAAUAUGUUUGGGUAAAUUACUCUUUACUGAAAUGUAAAGGAGAAUCUAGGUUGUUUACAGAAACAAAAUUCAGUAUGUGCAUAUGAUUUUCUGAAUAAAUCCAGUGUCAACAAACAAAAGUUUGGGAAGGGACACAAUUAUUAAAGACUAAUCUACCAGACAACAAAA